UUCUUACAACCCUACUUAGCCAGUCUGACAGAGUGAGUAAGAGAGCAUGUGUGUCUGUAUAUAUAUGUGUGUGAGAGAGGGACUCUGCAAAACAGCCAAGAUGAGAGUGAGAAGCAGUGAGAGGGAAAACCUGGGGAAAAAAAACAACUAAUCAAACAGAGGGGGAGGGAAGGAGUCAGCGAACACAGCAAAAAGGCAGAGCAGGGAAGAAGAAAGAGAGUUAAAGGGGAAUGUGAGCGUACUAUCAUUGAUGGUUCAGGGCACUGAAGUCAGGAGAAAUGCAAUGACUAGAUGACUAUCCACUCCACUCGCACCAGCAUCCUUUCCUGGAGCCUUGACAGGAGAAAAAGUACACACUCAGUCAAAGGUAAACAGUCUUCAGCCAGUCCCACAUUACUGGAUCAUGUCAUCUACUGGCUCGACAAACCACAACAAGCGUCUGGCGUCUGAAAAGGACAAUUCCCAGAGUUUGUACAACAAUGAUUCUGCUCAGCACAUGAAGCUAAGAGACAGGCAACGGUUCUUCGAAGACGUCUACCAGCAUGAUGUGGACAACUACCUGCCCUCUACACACCUACAGGUCGACUGCAGGAAACCCCCGAUGGGCAGUAUUUCAUCUAUGGAGGUGAACGUGGACACUCUGGAGCAGAUGGAUCUGAUGGAUAUAUCAGAUCAAGAAGCCCUUGACGUGUUCCUCAACUCAAGCUCAGUUGGUGAUGAAGGAGCCCUAACGUCUCCACUACCAGUUAUAGAUUGUGAGGAUGAUGAUGAAGAUGAGGUGGAUGAAGAAGCAGAGGUUGUCUACAGGGAACGAGCACCGCUGCAAAGGCAAAACGAAGUCUACCGUGGAUCCCAGUCUCGAUUUUCUUCAACAUCAUCUGGUUCCAGUGUUACCAGUGCAGGCGGAGCCGACACACCAGUGAUCCAGUCUGAUGAUGAAGAAGUACACGCCGACACUCUGCUUCUAACCUCUGUUCCCAAUACAAGAGAUGAAGAAACAGAGGAAGAAGAUGACGAAGAACGAUGCUUUUCAACAACCCAUCAAAAAGACUGAAUAUUUUUCCGUCCCCCUGUGCAUAUGCGUUCUUUUUUAAUGAGCUGAAAUGUCCCGCAUGUUUGGGUCAACUGUGAUUACCUUUGUCCUUUAGAUUGUGCAUUCUUUAUGAUUUACCACCUUUACUUUACAAGCUCUGUGGCACAUUCAUUUGAUAGUUUCUUGGCAGUUGUGUCAGAAGACGUUUAUAUCAAUACAAUGAGUCAAUUUUUUUGUCUGCACUUGUUCUGAUUGACAUAAAACAAGUUCAGUUUUACUCCUCAAUUUGCCAGGGGGGAUCCUUGUUACUGUUACUGAUAUUGUUUUUAUUAUUAAAGGCUCAGAUUCUCAACAGAUGAACGAAGAACUAAAAACAAGAGCCCCACUUAGUCAAAAUUUAAGUAGGCCACAUGACCUAAUUGAAACCUGAAACGCACAGGUAGACUCUAUUUAAGAAUUAGGUUGGUUCUAGGAACAAUUGGUUUCUAGAACCUUUACUACAGCUCUGUUUCAAAAACAUGAAACUCGUUACGGGUUGUAAAAAGAAAACAUAUCUGUUUUUUGAGAGAUACAGAAAACACAUUAAAUCAAGUAAGUCGAAUAUCUGGUUAUGAAUGAAAGCAGUUCCACCAUACUUUUAAUGGAAAACAUGUCACAAAAGAGGCCAAGAAAUAGAGCUAGUAACAGACUGCUUUUGUAAGAUAUCCAGUAAUAAAAACACACACCACAGUAUUGAACAAAUCAAGUGUAAACACCUCUGUUGAUCCUGCUCAUGGACUUUCUUUUUAUUUAUGUUAUUUUAGACAAAUCUGUUUGAAGUUUGUUGAAUCAUUUGCCAUGUAUUCAUAAUGUUGCAUUAUAAAACACAGUGCCAGCUUUUUUUUGUUAGCAAACAGGAAUAUGCAUCAAACCUAAGUACGAUUUUUUUAUGCUCUUCUUUUUGCAGUUCUCUUUGCAAACAUUAUCUCCAAACAGGAGUUACAAAACUUCCAUGAGUACCUGCUCGACAGCAUGUUUUGACUUUCAUUGUUGUUGACUCUUGCACUAUAAGAUAUGUAGUUAAUCCAUAAAGAUUAAAAGUGUCAGCUCUUUGCUUGAAGAGCUCAAAGAGUUCAAUGAUGACAUUUUCAGUUUGAGUUCAAGCAGUGCAUUUUGUAGGAACUGGGUUUUAUUAGCAGAAACUGAAAAACAGAAAAAGAGCAGGCAGUUACUGGAUUUUGUUAUGUUAACAAAGCUACAACAACAUGCCAAAAUACUGUUUAGUGACAAACAAUGAGUGAGUUUGAAAUAUAUUGGGCUUCAUUUUCUUUUUCAAUUAAAAAUGUUUUAAUUUAAAAAUCCCCAGCCAAGAAUCAGGGAGUGUUGCAUGUUGCACAAUGGUACACUUGUUAGCGCUGUUGCCUUGCAGCAAGAAGAUUCUUGGUACACAUCCAAAUCUAUAGAUUUUUUUUUUUCUCCCUGUGCGCAAGUGAUUUCUCUCUGGGCUAGUGUAACUUUCCCACACAAUUGUGUACCUCACCUUUCUACCAGUGACUGCUGGAGAUAGGCAGAUGGGCGCUGUGCAAGGAUAAGAGGAUAAAAAUUGCUCUCACACCCCAUAAAAAAGUUCACAUUCACAGUCCUCAAAUUCUUGUCCAACAUAUACAGUACACAAGUUAAAGAGAAAUAUUAUGUAAAAUUGACUUUUUAAGCUUUACAUCGUGUUCUAAUGUUAUUUAUUGAAACAACUGAAGAUCAUAUAGUUACUUAUGUUGUACAUGUGCUUAAUGACCCCUUUAACAGUUAUUAAGGCAUUGUUGUGCAAAUUAAUGACUUGGUACUGAAAUACAGAGUGAAAAGUAAUUAAUACAGUUGCACCACUUUGGUGCUAUUAUCCUGCUGACCCACACAAUCCUUCAGACUCAUAGAUUUUGGUCAUCAAGCCAGGUGAUUGUGGAAAGCUCCACCUGUGUCUUCUGGAGUUGUCGACAUAGUAAUUUUGGGGUCAUCUGUGUUGUGAUUCCCUCCAGUAGAUUUUCCAUCAUGCCCAUCAGCAAACAGAACCAUAAGUUGUGAACGACGAUGUCAAUUUUCCGCCCUAUUGUAGAACUGCAGUCUGACUGUAGUUUUAACAAUAUCAGCUUAGGAAGUGACUGAAGCAGUUCAGUCAUGUUGGCCAUGCUUCCAUAUAUUGAAUUAACAUUAACAGCCAUGUGGUUCGGAUCGGCACUUCUGUCUUUGCAGUGGACGAUGGUUUUUUACAACAGAGGGUUUUUCUGGUAAGCUUCAUAGGGUGGAACUGGCGCACUGCACACAUCAUAGGAAAACGUUAGCGGUUGGGAAAAAUGUAAAACAGGAUGCAUUAGAUUCUCAGACCCUCCAUACGAAGCAAAUAGUGACAAGUGGCUGCUUUUUACCAGGUUUUCUGACUACAAAAUGAAAACACAAAAAAUACACACCUGCUUUUCUUUCUUAAUCAGUAGUUUUUGAAGUGGUGAUUUUACAUCAACCACUGAUGACAGAAAUAAAAGCUGUUUGUAAAGUUUCUUCUGUUUGCAUGAAGAAAGUAUUUUGUACAUUAUGAAUGAAAUUAUUUCUUCUUCUUUUUUUGCAAAUGCAUGCCCUUUUAUUCUUGUGAAUGUAUGAUUAUAUGUUCUUAGUACUUUCUAAAAUAUGCUGGUAAUGCCUGUGUGAAAUAUGCUGUCUCGUUCUCCAUGUAUUGUUAAAGGAGAGGACUCCAU